GUCGAAGGGAAUGUAGAUAGGCUGAGCUAAAAGUGGGCCAUGAAUUUUAUUUAAUUUCUCCUCAAAAUCGUAAUUUUGUCUCAGUGUCGGAAGCAUUUUUAGUUUAUUAUUUUUGAUUGUUUUUAUGCGCUGUGAUAUUCGAAUACCGGUCUCGCUUAUCAAGGGACUCGUUAUUGGUUAUGUAUUUGUUUUGUUUGGUCUAACUGAAGUAGCCCCCCUAAAGUUUGGUCCCUAAUUUCUUUUGAAAAUGUUUAAACUGUGAUAAUACUCCUACUUAAUAGAAGAUUAUAUUGCAUUCCAAUGGGAAGUUUUGCUCUUAGUUGUAGGUGUGUUUUAACCCCCAACGGAUGUCCACUACCUACCCUCUGCAGAUGUACCUACGUUGUCGGACGGAUUAAUCCGACAAUAUCAGGUGAGGCCCCAUCCGGGUGAAUGAAGUGCCUCCUAUUCCUGCCCAUGGCCUCAUUAUACCUCUGUUGAUCAAAUUUAUUGAUAUUUUUAUUGUUGAUUAUCAUUUUUUCCAAGGAGAAGUCUUGAUCAUUAACUCUUAAUCUAUGUCAAAUGGCAGAUACCGCAGAAGAAGCAAGUAAUAAUGUUAGCGAUGCUGCCAGUGAUGACAAAGUUGUGAAAGUCAAUGGUGAAAUGAACGGGUCUUAUUGUGAUGGCGAAGAGCCAAUGGAUGUGGACUCGGAUUCAGCCGCAUUGAAGCACAAACUCUUAAAUUCUAAAUCAUCAAAUAGUGAUGAUGAUAAAGAAGCUGAAGCUAAAGACGAGGUGUCUGAAACCAAAGCUGCUAAUGAAACUGCAUCCAAUGAAGAAGAAAAAGUCUCUUCAAGGACGGAGGAGGACAGCAACUCUCUCUCUAACAGUAAUUCAAAAGUUAAUGGAGAAAUGAAUGGUUCUCAUUGUGAUAAAGUUGAAGCGAUGGAGGUAGAUGCUGCUGUUCCAAAUUCAAAUGUUUCUAGUACAAAGUCAUCGGAUGAAGACGCUGACACAGUGCCUGAAGAAAAAUCUGUAGCGGAAGAUAUUUCAAAAGAAGAUAGUGAUAAUGUAGACUCCUCUAUAGAUCCCAUAUCUAGUGAAAUGCCUGCAGAUGAAAGUUCCAAGGAGGGAAGUGAAGAUGGAGGCAAGGAAAAAGAUGUAGAAGAUGGAGACUCACCAGAUGUGGAUGGCUCUAAAGAUGAAGCUGAUUCCUGCAAAAAAGAAUCCAAUGAUCUCAAUUCGACAGACGUCUCUCGUGAUGGAGAUAACUCUGAAGCCACUCCCGAAAAAGGAAAGAAGUCGAAGAAGGCACCAGCAACCAUCUCACCAAUAACACCUCGAAGGAGCUCACGGAACUUAAACAAACAGAAGUCCACUUCAGACAAUGAUAAGGACAUUAGUAAACUAAUCAAAGAGAGUGUGUCCCCCUCUCUGACAAUCAGACCUGUUAAAGCUAAGAAUGAUGAUGAUGAAAUAGAAGAAAUAGUUCCAGUUGAUCCGCUAGCCGGAGAUUCUUCCUCGCCUAGUCCUCAAAAAUUAAAAAAUAAAACUAUAGUAGUCAAUGAUACAAAACGAUUAGCAGAAAUAGCAGGUAGUAAACAUCUCAAAACAAACAAAAAAGAACCAACGUUAGUUAUAAUAGACACGAAUGCGAUCCUCUCUGGUCGAGGACCUGUGCCUAUAUCUUCAAGUGGUACAACAACUCAUAUAAACAUUCCCAGCUCUAGGAGCUCAGGUUUUUCAAUGUUACCCGUCGCUUUACCAGCGCAAGGGAUGUACCCUCAAAUUCGAGCUACAACUGCUCAAGUUAUUCCCAAACCUGUAGUUAUCCAAGCAUCAGCUAAGCCCCAGCCUGCUAUUCUACCCACUCUAACAGACGAUAUGUUUGUCGUAGAAGCGCCUUCAUUCAUAGUCCCUUACGUCUAUGAGAAACCACCAGUCAAGCCACUGAAAGGGUAUUUGGACAAAAUGGACAAAGAGAUCAAAAGAGAAGCUGUGAGGAAGGUGAAAGAAGAGGAAGAGAAAGAGAAAAAAGCUAAAGAAGCCAGAGAUGCGAAAGAAGCAGAAGAAAAAGAAAAGAAGGCAGAUGAAGAUGAAGCAGCCAAAGGUGACUCUGAGGCAGAGGGAGAGGCCAAGAAAGAUGAUUCUAAAAUGGAAGUAGAUGAGCCAAAAAGCGAAGAUAAAGAUUCGUCCAGUGAAACGAAGAAAGAUGAGGAGAAGGAAGAUGAACCAAAGGAUGAGAAGAGUGAGAAGGAGGAAGAGAAAAAAGAAGACGGAAAGAAAGCAGAAGCCAAGGAGGAAGUCAAAGAGCCUGAGAAGAAAGAGGAGGACAAACCCAAGAAGUCAAGUCAUAGUUAUUUUGAUGCCCCUUUAGGAAAAUUCUUCAUGCAAAUUGGAAUCAAUUUGGUGCAAGAGUACGUGCAAACAGAUCUGCUGCGCUCUCAGAAGAGGAAGCUAGACAAAGAAGGCGCUAAGUGUACAGCAGAUACGCAAGCAGCGAUCGAAUCGCUGAGUAAAACGCUCGAGUUUAGCAAAGAGAACAACGAUCCGUUUAGAUUACCUCAAAGGAAGUGUGAAUACUGUAGCUUCAAAACGGAGUCUGCCCUGGUCAUGGCUCAUCAUCUAGAAACCCCUCACAUGAAGAACUAUGUGUAUAGGUGUAAUUUCUGUCCUCUGGAAGUGCGGAGUCCUCAUGACAUUCUGUAUCAUAUGGAAGCUGAGCACAAUAUCCGAGGUCGGUUGGAGCGAGCGCCUGCUUUCCAUCAGUGUCCAAGCUGUCCCUUCGAAGAUAAUCAGAAAGGGAAGUUGACGAGGCAUCUUAUUUCCUGUGGCAAGAAAUACCGUCCUGAAAGAAACCAGGAAGCACCAUUAGAUUGGGAACCUCCAGCAAAAAUCCCAAGAGUUACUAAAAAUAGGCCUACAAUGAGCCCUGGGAACGCUGUUUAUCAAGCAGCCAUGUCUGGCCUUAAGCAAGGUAACCCCGUUCACCACCCACUGUUGCCCAAACUAGCUGCCUCUCCGAUGCCCACCACUCAAGGCCUCCUUAAUCGGGGACGCGGACGACCUCAGGGACCUCAUACCCUUCUUCAACGUUUCCCUUCACCAGUCACCAAGAGCGCAUUGAAUCAGGCUAUCAGACCUGGUAUGAUCUACCGACCCUCUGGAUCAAAUUCUCAGCCUCAGGUCCUGUUACCUACCUCAUAUCAAAUAUCUGGAAACCAGCUUUUCCAGGUAACAAAGAGUAUAGCUGGCCAGAAAAAUUUGGUCCAACAGCAAGGUUUAGCAACUGCAAAAUUAUUGAAUCAACCUAGUAUAUCAAUUACGCCUUUACCGAGGCAAGGAUCUGCAAAUCAACCAGCUGCAAGUCAACAACAGCAAGUCAAGCCUGGCCGACCCCCAACAAGUGCGCAGAAGGGACAAUUUGUUAUCUGUGAAAUUUGUGAUGGCUACAUAAAAGAUUUGGAGCAGCUACGAAACCAUAUGCAAUGGAUUCACAAAGUUAAAAUACAUCCAAAGAUGAUUUACAAUCGACCACCCCUUAAUUGUCAGAAGUGUCAAUUCCGAUUCUUCACGGAUCAGGGUCUAGAGCGGCAUUUAUUAGGUUCUCAUGGUUUAGUUACAUCAUCUAUGCAAGAGGCUGCAAAUAAGGGCAAGGAUGGUGGUCGCUGUCCAGUCUGUGGCAGGGUUUAUCAGUGGAAGCUGUUGAACCACGUAGCCAGAGACCACAAUAUGUCCUUAAAACCAGCUCACCUCUCAUAUAAAUGCACCGUUUGUACAGCUACUUUUGGAAUGUAUAAGCAGUUUGAAAACCAUGUCUAUUCUGCUCACAGUGUAGUAGCCAAACGAGUCAUGGACAAGAAAGUCUCGUCUCCCCAACCGUCAACGAGUAGUAAUUCACAGAAUGAAUCUCUGUUGAAACCACUGAAAAUUAACGAUGAAAUCACGAUAAUACCUCAACCUGCUCGCUCCUCAAAACCUUCAUCGUCAACAUCCUCAGCAAAAAACAUGGCAACUAGACAACCUGUUAAAAAGACCUCCUUGCGUUCAUUGCUUGCAGGUGUAACAGUCUCUAAAAUCGACUAAUGUGGAUAAGAAUUCCAUUGAAUCUUGGGUAUCCCUCUCUGUAUGUACAAAGGCACUUGCCCUUUGAAAUCAUGGAAUUCGGAAUCUCUACUUCAGAAGCUGAGGAGUUCUGAAUAACACACUGGAAUAGAUAAAGGUCGUAUUUCCAUCAUCUGUCAAAUAAAAAAUUAUCUUUAGUUUUCAAAGUCCGUAUUUUGUAAAGAAUAACCUUUUAUUUUUUGGAAGAGUUUGUUUAUAAAGUUGAUGAUCCAUUGUAUUUGAUGUGAGUAAAAUUUCAAGGUGCAUAGUCUUUUAUAUAAAUAUAAAUACAAUUAUAUUUAUGUAUGAAUAGAUUUUAUUAUUUUUCUUGAAGCUCUUCCUUCUGUUCUGUCAUCUCAGUUUGAUCAGAACAUAUUGGAGAGAAAGGGAAAGAGCUUGUACAAUUUGCUGUAGUUGUUGAAUCACUCCAAGUUUUAAUCAUGACUCUCUUUUCGUCUCCUCUUUUUGGAAGUCCUGUAUUGAGCAGACUUUGAAAAGGUUGUUUUGAAUCGCGUCAUCUGUGUAUCUAUUGUUUUAGUUUUGAUUUUUAUCUUCUUCUGUAUUAUAAAAUUAAGUAAGGUUAAAUUUCAGAAAGUUUUUAAUUCGAUUUUUAUUGGGUGGUGUUUCUGUUGAAUGAAGUAUAAAAAUGUAAAUAUGCACAUGUGCCGAAGUAACGCACGCUCACUGAAGUUAAAAAUAAUGAAUGAGUUCUAUAUUUAUACCUAAUUUGUAAGUACGUGUGUUUAUAUUUAUAAAUAUCUUUAUGCAGAAAGGUACAGAACGGUUGGACACUCAAAAUGGAGAAAUAACCCAGUUACUUUUUCAUCUGUACAUGUCAACAUCAUUUACUUGAUACUGUGUACUUUUUAAGUAUUUAUUAAUUUAUCAUAGUCUCUUUCUUUUUUUUCUUUCAACUUUUUUAUGAAUAUGUAAUUCUGUAAAUACAUGUUUAAAAAAUAACAGAACAAAUUUAACAUAUGGAAUAAAAUUUGAGCCCAAUUUUUAAAUUUGGCAUUAAUCUCAA